GUUGAAACUCUGGUCCCGCUUCUUGCAGCCAAAGUUGGCCUCAAACUCUGCUGCCUUUUGGCGUUAUCGUUUGUACACUAAAGGUGGCGCCGGCUUAUACAACCACUUACAUAUGAAUCAAAGAAAAUGGCCCUUGUUAACUCACAUGGCAUUUCUGCAAUUUUCUGAAACCAUUAAUUAUUGCGGUUUACCAACCGUCACUACGAGGUUAUAAAACUUGAAGACAUUGUCGGUUGAGGGAGGUAAGUUAUGGAGUCUAAAGCAAUGAUGCGUUCGAGUGAAGUAAAACUGAAGGUUGAUUGCAAAAGAAAGUUUCAUGCACAUGAAGUGUUGCAGCUUAAGAAGAGAUUGACACAUCUUGAAAAAGAAGUAAACAUGAUGAAAGAAGAAAUGUUUCGGAACAGAACAGAAAGGAAGGCGUUGUUGGACGAGGUUUAUCGGCAGUUGAAACUCGUUCACUUUUCGCUUCUGCCGGAAAACCAGACUCUUGGAUGCAAAUUCUAUGUGAAACAGGAAGGAGGGUUGUCUCAAGUUUUAUAUGAAGAUCAAAAUCCAUCAGUGUUCAUCAGAGAAGCAAAUUCAGUGGAGGAUCCUGCUCCUGCUCAAAGUAUAAUACCAACAACAAAAAACAUACCAUAAAAACACUCGAUUUGGUUAUGCGACUACGGUCUUGUAUUAUCAUUCAACUUAAGCGAUUUAAUAUAAUACCGGCUAUCUUUGAUUAGUGGAGCUUUUGUUAUU